AUGAUGGAAUUCAAGAUACACAAUAACACGAGACCUUUGAAGCUCCCUGUAGAAAUUCUCGGGGACCUAACCCUGCAGUCCUUAUGGAUAGGCGACACUACUGUGACAAACAUACAACCGUCGUUCAUCCUCCCUUCCGAGGAUCGUCUUGUGAAUUUCACCUUACAAGACAGUCGUCUGAAAGAGUUUCCCUUCCACAUCAUCCAAGGAUUACGGAGUCUCAAGAAACUCUGGCUUCGGAACAAUUCCUUGACCUCAGUUCCUGGUCUCCACAGCCACAGCCUCGAGAUAUUGGACUUGGAUUACAAUAAGAUUGUUGCUAUUGAGGAAAAUGGAUGGCAUACUCCUAACUUGCGGGAACUCGGCAUCGGUUACAAUCCGCUUUCGAGUCUUCCGUCCGCAGUGAUCAAGGGUCUGGGAAAACUCGAGAAAUUCUAUUGUUCAGGGUGCAAUCUGGGACCCACCCUCUUGAUGGGGCAGUUGGAAUUCCGCAGCAAGACCUUGAAGGUGGUGUCACUCUGGAACAACAAUAUCUCACGACUUGAACCGGGAGCUCUUACAGGCGUCAAUGGUGAGACGACUGUUUACCUAAUCCGGAACAACAUCACUCUAUUGGAAGAAAGUGCCUUCCGACCCAUCCUGGAGAACAUGUCCCUGGGAGAUGGAUUGCUCGAUAUAGAGUGUAGGCGCAUCACAAACAAGAAUGAAUGCCUUCCCUUCAAGGACAAGUCUCAUGAAGUCAACUAA